AUGACGAUGCCAUUCAGCCCCCUGUCCAGCGACGAGGAGCAACAAAGGAUGCUGGUAAACAAUCGACGUCUCUAUCCAGGGGCAGAGAACGAGGAAGAGGAGGAGGAAGAAGAGGAGGAGGAAAUGGAAGAGGAUGAGCGUGAUGAGGACGGGGAGGAGGAGGAGAAUGGCGAGCUGGAGGGGGAGGAGGAAGGUGACGAGGAGGAGAUGGUGGAGGAGGUCAGGCGGGGAGGCCUGUCGAGGGGGGGCAGAAGUGAAGGACACAGGCAGACAGGGAAACUGGCUGCACGGCCCGGUGGGGACAGACAGAUCCGGCCGGGGAACCCUGGGCACACCGCGAACCCCUACUCAUCCAACCCCGGACCCACACACCAACAGCCAGCCAAUCAGAUACAGCAGCAGCAGCAGAGGAGGCUGAAGGAGCGCAGCACCAGCUCGGUGCCAUCUGAGGACACCCACAUCGCCAUGAUGGUGUUUCGCAUUGGGAUCCCAGACAUUAAGCAAACGAAAUGUUUGCGGUUCAACCCAGACGCCACGGUGUGGAAGGCAAAGCAGCAGGUGCUGUGCUCCCUCACCGAGUCGUUGCGGGACGUCCUGAACUACGGCCUGUUCCAACCGGCCACCGACGGCCAUGACGCCAAGUUCUUGGAGGAGGAGAGGCUGCUCAAAGAGUACCCACAGUCCUUUGAGAAAGGGGUGCCAUAUUUGGAGUUUCGAUACAAGACCAGGGUGUACAAACAGACCAAUCUGGAUGAGAAGCAGCUGGCCAAGCUGCACACUAAGGCCAGCCUGAAAAAGUUCAUGGAUUAUAUCCAAACCACUGCUGUGGACAAGAUGGUCAAGUUCUUAGACAAGGGCCUGGAUCCCAACUUCCAGGACGGGGACACCGGCGAGACUCCUCUGUCCCUGGCUGUGCAGUGUGAGCCAGGUGGAGGUGAGUCCAUCCGCGUCCUCGCCGAGGGAGGGGCUCAUAUCGACUUCCGUGCCAAAGAUGGACUCACACCGCUACACAAGGCUGUUCGAGGCCACCGCCAUACAGCCCUGCUGGUCCUCCUGUCUCUGGGAGCAUCUCCGGACUAUAAGGACCGACGAGGGCUAACGCCGCUCUACCACACUGUGCUGACAGGGGGCGACACCUCCUGCUGUGAAACACUGCUUUACCACCACACCAAGCUGGGCAUCAGGGAUGAGAACGGCUGGGACGAGACACACCAGGCCUGUCAGCAUGGCAACUCGCAGCAUUUGGAGCACCUCCUCUUCUAUGGGGCCGAUUCCUCCUCCCAGAAUGCCUCUGGAAACACUGCCUUGCACAUCUGUGCUUUAUACAACAAGGAAAGCUGUGCACGAAUUCUGCUCUACCGGGGAGCAAAUAAAGACACCAAGAACAACAGUGGGCAGACCCCGUUUCAGGUGGCUGUCAUGUCCGGCCAUUUUGAACUGGGAGAAAUAAUUAAAAACCACCGGGAUACAGAUGUGGUUCCCUUUGUGGAGUCUCCAAAGUACGCCCCCCAGAGGCGAGAGAGCGCCCGUACGCUGACGAUACCCAACCCUCAUCCCUUCCUGCGGGCCAACAGCGACAGCAGCAUGAACCUGCCGGACUGGAUGGCAGCACCCAACGCUCCGACGACAAACAUCGUCUCCGUGCAGGGCUAUAAACACACUGGUACCCUGCGGAGCUCCAGCAGUCCCAGAGGAGCAAGGACACGUUCCCCGUCAAGAGGGAGGAUCGGUGACAAGGAGGACCGGAGCAGGCAGAGCCGGAGGCAAGGGCCUGCUCCUGCCAGCACCCCCACACAAACGGCAGGGCAGCGCCGACGCCUGUACAGUGCCGUCCCAGGACGAGUCUUUGUCGCAACUCGAGCGCACUCUGCACAGGGAGAACGAGAAAUCAGCUUCAGUAAGGGGGACAGGGUCAAAGUGUUGAGUGUUGGCGAGGGUGGUUACUGGGAGGGGACGGUCAGAGGUCGCACAGGCUGGUUCCCCUCCGACUGUGUGGAGGAAGUGAUGCUUCGGAGCCAAGACAACCGAUCAGAGAGCCGUGGAGAAAGAGCCAAACGGUUGUUCCGUCAUUACACAGUGGGAUCCUACGACAGCUUUGACGCUCCCAGUGACUACAUAAUCAAGGAAAAGUCGGUGCUUCUGCAGAAAAAAGACAGCGAGGGCUUCGGCUUUGUGCUGAGAGGAGCCAAAGCUCAGACUCCUAUCGAGGAGUUCACUCCAACCCCAGCCUUCCCCGCCCUGCAGUACCUGGAGUCAGUGGACGAGGGAGGAGUGGCCUGGAGAGCUGGUCUCAGGAUGGGGGAUUUCCUGAUCGAGGUCAAUGGUCAGAAUGUGGUUAAAGUUGGACACCGGCAGGUCGUCAACAUGAUCCGGCAAGGUGGCAACAGCCUCAUGGUCAAGGUUGUCAUGGUAACCCGCAACCCAGACAUGGAGGAGGGUUCGAGGAAGAAAAUUCCCCAGCAGAGUAAGAGGCUGAGCACUCCCGCCAUCGCCCUACGAUCCAAAUCCAUGACCUCCGAGCUGGAGGAGAUGGUGGAGCGAGCUGCUACCCCUUGGAAAAAAAAAUCAGAAUUCGAAUCCUCCCAAGUUACAGAGAAGAAGAGGACAGUCUAUCAGAUGGCUUUGAAUAAACUAGAUGAAAUUCUUGCAGCAGCUCAGCAGACAAUUAGCACCAAUGAAGCGCCUGGGACACGGGGACAGGGGCCAAAAAGAGACAGAGGGCGAAGCUUCUAUGGCAAUGAGCAAAAUUACGGGGACCAGUCCGGGAUGGGGAUGAUGUCAUCAGGCCUGGGCCUCGGCUACGAACGUGGACAGUACGCCUCAGGUCACGGCCCCCCGCACGGUAUUAUACGGCAGAAAUCCAUCGGGGUGCCUGAGGAGGAGAGGAAGUUCCUGCAUCCUCCGAACAUGAAGUUUGCACGCAGUCUUUCGGUGCCUGGCCCAGAUGACAUCCCCCCCCCUCCCACCACUGCUCCACCAGACCCUCCCUUCUCCUCUGCUCCACCGCUGGGUUGGAGAGCCAAGUCUUCUCAGCAGCCCUCUGUCUCCGUGUCCCAGUCCACAUCCACCUCUGCACACUACCAGCCAUUCUCCCAGUCAGCGCACUUCACCCAUAGUGGCAGGGAGAGGGCAGGUGCUCCCCCGACCGGCCCCAUUGGAGGAGCGGUCGACCACACAACCUCAUAUUCACAUGCUGCUGCCCACACGGCUCAAAGCAGGACUGCUUCGCGGAAGGUUGCCUACACUGGGGAGCCUGUUGGAGCUGGCAUUGGAGCUGGUGGAGGGGCAAAGGCGGGGGGGCUUAGGAGAGGCUACAACAGCGCUGUCCCCCCAUCAAGCAUUGCCACUGUAAUGCCCCAACAACAACAACAACAGACUACCCAGAGUCAACCCCAGCGAGUAGACCGCAGUGCAGCUGGAGCAGGGGGUCCUAAAGGCGGAGCCCGGAGAGGGAAGGGCCCCCUGUUGAAGCAAUCCAAGGUAGAGGACCUGCGUGCGGCCCAGGGUACACUGGGGGGCAAAGGCUCGCUGGAGAAAAGUUCCAUCCCCAUCCCCACCAUCAUUGUCAAGGCUCCUUCAACCAGCAGCAGUGGACGCAGCAGCCAGGGCAGCAGUGUGGAGGUGGAUGCUCCGGCACCAGGGGAGACGGAUGAUGGCAAGACACCCCACGGUCCACCACCCUCCACUCCUGCUCCCCAACCCCCUGCUCCGCCUUCCAUGCCAGCUCCGCCGCCUCCAUCUUUGCCUUCUAUCCGCGCCCAAGAAAACCUGGACUUCACCAGCCAGUUUGGGGCCGCCAUUGUUGGCGCGGCUCGCCGAGACAGAGAACGAUUCCACGAAGCCCGCAGAAAGAGUGGCUCCUUGUUCAUGUCUGUUGAGGACGACGUGAGUGAUGGAGUAGGAGCAAGGACUCAGGUGUCACAGCAACAGCUUAGCUCACAGGCGGAAAGUUCAUCCACACGGCUGCGCCCGUCCAAGUCUAUUGAUGAGGGCAUGUUCUCUGGAGACACCUUUAUCCAUCACACCCGCAGUAUGCCUCCGGCCUUUGGUCUACCUGAGUACUCCUCUUCCGCCCUGGAUUAUCAGCCUAAAUCUGUGCCUACUGACUUGUACACGGCAGCAGGCAGGCAGUCAGCACCCUCCGCAACCACCACCUUUAUUCACCCACUAACAGGCAAGGCUCUUGACCCCACAUCGCCAUUAGGCCUUGCCCUCGCUGCCAGAGAGCGUGCUCUGAGAGAUGACAGCAGGUACAGGCGGGGAACAGACCACCACUUCAGCCGCCAGAUGUCGAGUGUGGUGUAUCCUUCAUCUGCUGUCACCUCUCAGCCGGUGUCAUCUGUCGCUCAGUCCUCCAGCACCUCCUACCUGGUCACUUCAUCUUCUCUGGCUGCCACUACACCCACCGUUGGCCGCCCGCCGUCACCCAGAAUCCUCAGAGGAGUUGGGAGUAUGUGGGGUGAGGAGGGCAGCGGAGGAGAGAGGGAGCGGGAAGGAGGAGGGGCUCGCGAGGGGCUACGAGUUCGGUUCUCUGAGGACAAAACCGUCCACACGCACCACUACCAGUCUCCGCCGUAUCAACCCACCUAUAAGGAGAGGGAGCGGGAGAGGUCAAGGGAACGGGACAGGGACCUGUCAAGAGAAAGAGAGAGAGACAAAGAGAGAGAGGGUUACAUGAGGAGGGCAGAGCAGGCUGAGAGCUCCGCCCAGCAGGGGUCUCAGGCUCAGCAGCCGCAGAGGCCAUCUUUUCUCAGGAUGGAAAGUCAAUCGGAUGCCUACAUCUUGUCCCUCACCCCUCCCUCUCCCCCACAUACCAGUUCUCAGCAAACAGCACACCCUACUGGGAGCACUGGGACUGGUAUGAUGGUCCUCCCUCCCCCCGCCCCCUCAGUUGAUGCGGACGACGGGUUUGGCUACAUCGAUCCCCUCCCGCCUCCGCUAGAGUUCGCCAACAGCUUCGACAGGGGAGUCGGGGGGAUGUCGGCAUACGCAAAACACGGGAUGCUCCCAAACAGCCUGACCUCGCGCAGACAGCAGGUACCCCCCCCUCCGCCCCCUCCUCCCCCACCGCCACCACCUCCACCCCCCCAGAGAGAAGCAUUUGCAAGUGGGUUUCCUGCUCACACGCCGCUGCCCUCACCUCAAGCCGGGGACUCCACCACCUCCAGCCUCACAUCGUAUGACAGUGAGGUGGCUAACCUGACUCAGUCCGGUCACUCCCCCUCCCAGACAUCACCCAACCCUCUGCCACCUUCCUCACCCUCCACCCUGCAGCCCACCUCGACAGCAGGAGCUCCCCCUCCCCCGUCCAUCUCACCACCGCUUCCUCCUGGAUCCUACCACAGACCCUUCUCCAUGUCACACCCCCACCACCUUUACAACAGCACUCAUGCCCCCGGGCGCUCUUCUCCCACGCCUCCCCUGCACACCGUUGCACCUCCCCCAGCCUACCGUGGACACCCAGCACCGUCCUCCACCGCUGCCACCUCUGCUCCACUUAGGGGCACUGCCUCCCACGCCACGACCGCUAGCUGUGCCGCUAUAACCACCGCCGCUGCCACCACAACAAGCACCUCCACUCAGCUCUACCAGGAGCGAACACAUACAACAUCCUCUGCCACUGUCACAGGCAGUCGAAGGACUGGGGAGCACCACCGGCCUCCCCCUGCUACCAAGAAAGGAGAGUCCCUGGACACAGUUGUGGACUCUGGGAUUGAAGAGCUGGACAGCCGCAGCAGCAGUGACCACCACCUGGACACCAUCCUCUCUCUGAGUGGAGCCGGUGUCCGUGGCGACAGGCUGGACCGACGUUUGGGGGGAGGCGGGGCAGGGGAGUCAGAGAGGGGAGGAGAUUUCCUGGAGUCCUACAUGAGCUACUUGGACGGACAGACUUUUGAGAUGCAGAACGCCACAGCGGUAACGUCCACCUACCCAAAAGCGAACCGGUUCAGAGAGGGAGGUCGGGUCGGGGAUCUGCACAGACAGACCAGCACUGUUCCUGCAUCCUUUCACUCCCACCGACGACGAGACGAGCAGGAAGACGACGAGGGCGAGGAGGGAGUGUCCGAGGACGAACGUGGCCAGGACGGGUACAGGGGGAGGGACAUGCAGACCAUGGGACGUCCCUCUUCACCGUACUUUGAUCGACCGCGCACGCCUGAGAUGAAGCCUCUGUGGGGCGAGGGGCAAGUGAUCCGUGAUGGCGGCGGGCAGUCCGCCACACUUUUAGAGGGGAAGAGGAUUUACCCACCUGCAUCCAGUAUGAAGCCCGGCAUCAUCAACGAGCUGAGCAGCAAACUGCAGCAUCGACCCAGGGAGAGCUGGAGCAGCCAGAGAACAUUGAGCAGGCACAGAAGCAGAAACAGAUUUUCAGAAGACUCAGCCUCGGCCCUGAGCCCCCCCUCGGCCCGAUCCACGUCCCCGUCUCCCAUCUCCAUGUCACAGCCAUCGUUGUCCCCGUCCCCGUCGCCCACGGCAACCGCCCAGUACCACAACUGGGGGCGAUCCCCGUCUCCUCAGCCUCCAGCCGCCUCUCAGCCUCCGCGUUCUCAUUCUCCCCUGUCCCCGACAUCUUACUCCCCUUACCCCACCUCCCCCAAACACAGACCUGUGUACCGGACCAAAGCCCUCGAGUUCCAGUUCAUCCCAAGUCGCGAGUCCCGUAAAGCGGAAUCACACAUAAUCCAGCGCAGGCGAGCACCCAGUCCCCUCAUCUCCCCGUCGGAGAGGCCGAAGCUGGGCCCACCUCGUCCAUCCUCCCUUCCUCUUCUCCCCACCACACCCCUGUACAGCGCCAUCUACGACCUCCGAGGUUCAAUCACCCCACCAUCCCCUGGGAACCCUCUGGGGGAUCCUUACUUUUCGCCUUCUCCUCCCCUUUUCGCCCCCUCUGGAGCACCUCCUCCUCCAAACUCCAAUUUACUCGUUUCACGCUCCCUCUCUCCCACACAUUUCCUGUCUGGGGCCUCAUCUCCCCCGCUGCAUCCUCUCCCUCCACCCACCUGCCUGAGUUACCCCCAUCUACCGCCCCCGUCCCCUACCAAGCCGUUUGCCUCCAAGCCGCUGCCCUACUGGACCAAGUAUGACGUUGCAGACUGGCUUGGAUACCUGAACCUGGGGGAGCACAGGGAGCGUUUCCUGGACAAUGAGAUCGACGGCACCCACCUGCCGUCGCUGACCAAGGAUGAUUUUCUGGACUUGGGAGUGACACGCGUUGGCCAUCGCAUGAAUAUAGAACGGGCCCUGAGGACUAUAAUGGACAGGCUGUCCAGCAGCCCCUUCCCCAUCUCUCUUCUCUCACCUCGGGAAGGACCGACUGAGAGGAGGAGGGACGACGGGAGUCGGAGCUGA